AUGACCUCUUCGCCGAGUGAUGGAGACCCUCUUCAGUCGCCAGGCAUCCUGUCCUCACACUCGAUUCCAUCUCUCGAGGUUCAUAAGACAAGACCACCCGCAAGAGACGAAUCACCCGAGACAUCCACUACGAGCCUCCCGAUCCGCACCUCGAGCCCUCCCGCCCUAGGUUCUCGGACCAGCACUCUUACCAGCGUCCUGUCCCGCUCUAGCUCUCCCAAUGGACGAUUAUCGUUGUCACUAUCGAGGUUUGGGAGGUCGCGAGCCAACAGCCCCCUGGGCAAUCCCUCAGAGACAUAUGAUGACACACGAUCGUUGAUCGUCCGAGCAUUUUCUCCCACCAUUGCAAUCUACGCAUCGCCCGAAGUGGACGAACUCGCUGCUCGCAAGGGCUUGAGAGAUGGCUUCGUAGGAUUGGUCCGCCCCUUCGGCGACAAGAUCAAUGGGAAAGUCGUCGUGCGAGACAGCACAGGGGCCAGUCGGGCUUGGGAGGACUUUGGCGUCCACUUUGCGGAUCUCGGCGAAUUGGUUCAAGAUGGCACAUCUUCACACUCUGCGUCCAGCUCGACGGAAAAGCUAGAAGAGUUGAUGGAACACUUUGUGGGAGAUGGCUUCGACCAGACCGAAGAUGGCCUGCGUCGGGGAGAGACGUCUCCUUUUUAUCGCCUAUUUCUGGCCCGGCUCUUGUCUUCCCAGACUAUCAGCCCGCACGAAUCUUUUCAUCAUCCAGUCGGUGCGGUGAUUGCUAUCAGCUCUUCCACGCAGCAACCCAUUGAGACCUUACGCAAUCUCUAUCAGCAAACCAUGUCAGGUUCGAGAUCCUUACCCGUCUACGCCAAUCCAGAAUACCUCAGAUAUUAUGUGCUUGUCCACGAUGAGGACAGAGAUGAUUUUAGCAAGUCGUCUGCGCUUUUUGAUCAGAUGAAGCGCCAUUUUGGCCUCCACUGCCAUCUUCUCAGGCUGAAGUCUGCGCCAUGCACACAGACGGACGAUGACACCGAAGAACUCCCCACCAGCGAGUGGCUGUCGCCCGUUGAACAGCUCGCCCUCCUGCAUGACAAUGCAGAUCUCAUUGACCUUAACACCUCGACAUCUCCCUACAUAUUUUCCUCGGAUGCGACGGCCCUGCGUGCAUUCGUCCGCGAGCUUGUUGCACAAUCAAUCAUCUACCACAUGGAGCAAAGGAUUGCGUUGUGGAAUGAUCAAAUCGCUUCGCGUCGUCGAGGUAUCUCGGGGCGAUUCAUGUCGCUUUCGAAGAGGUGGACCGGGAUUGGAAGUUCUUCUCGAAGCUCAUCAUCGACCGCCAAUGUCGGAGCCAGCGGCAAUUACGACAGCCUGCAGGGGACAUACCGCUACGAUGCUCCCGAGAGUCUAUUGCGAAAGCUUGCCGACUAUGCGUUCAUGUUGAGAGACUACAAACUCGCGGCAUCGACCUAUGAGCUGCUUCGAGGAGACUACUCCAACGAUAAAGCGUGGGAGCAUUUAGCCGGCGCGAACGAAAUGUGCUGCGUUGCUACUCUCCUGAAUCCUCUCACCAGCAGUGGCAGUUCCAAAUUCAAGAUUGAAAACUUCGACAGCAUGAUCGAAACGGCGAGCUAUUCGUAUUUGACCCGGUGCUCCGAACCAGCUCUUGCAUUGCGCUCUAUCUUGCUCGGGGUUGAGCUGUUGAAAGUGCGAGGUCGUACCGCGGGCGAACUCGCGGCGAAGUGGGCAGUCCGCAGCCUCGAGCUGGGGCUGGUCGGUAGUAUCGGACACGUGUUGGUCAGUGAGCGCGUGGCGUCUUCUUUCGCAGAUCGCAUCGGCAUCGGCAACACGAGCUGGGGCAUGCGGAAAAGGAAAGCGGCGCUAUGGAAUAUCAUGGCCGCAGACGAAUGGAUGAAACUGGGCCGAGCAGAGAUCGCUGCCGAAAGGCUUGAUGAGGCACAAGAGCUCUACGGAGAGACGAGGAACAGUGAUUCACAUAAGGAGUUUCACGAGCUCGCCGAAUAUCUGGAACAGCUGAGACUGGCCGUGAGGAUGAAGCUGGGAGAAGCAAGACGAAGAGGCUUUAGUGGCGCCACGAGACAGAUUGAACUGGAGGGUCCGGCGGACGGUCAAGCCGAUGUGGAAGACGAAACGGUGGAAGAAAUGAAUGCUCUGGAAAAGGUCGAUAGCAAGGGACACAGGAGAAGUCUCUUGGGAGGCGGCGUGGGAACAGGAGCGACCCUGCUGGAGCCAGUCACGCCGUUGAGUCCGGCUCGGCUGAACAGAGCCGACACAUAUCGGCGAGACGAUGAUUUCGAAUGA